GCUUGGUUUCUUGCCACGCCAAGGGGAGAAAUGGCGCAGAAAGCGACUUCCAAUCUUCUGACAAUAAGGAAAUCUUGAUUAUUUUUUUUUUUUGGGUGGGUUUGUUUUGAGACGGGGCUGAUGCAGGGAGCUGUCCUCCUCGCCCGGGUCCUCCUGCCGGCGAGCGACGCUGUGGGCUGCCUCCUUGCUCCCGGGCCGGACUCCGGCAGAAGGAGACGGAGGAGGAGGAGGAGGAGAAAGGACGGCGGGAUUCAGCGCCAUCCUCCCGCGCCCGCGGACCCCUUGGGCCGGCACAGAAUGUUUGGCACUUCAAACCUGUACAAAGGAACUGUAAUGUAUAGCCAAACUGGAGACUGCAGGAAAAACAACCAGCAAAAUCAUGGAAGACAGGUGAAAGAUGACAUGGUUUCUAGGAAGAUGUAGGUGUCUCCUUGACGUCCUGGUUACCAUGACUCCCAGUAGAGGGCUGUGGGGAAAAAAGUGGGAAUUCCUCCCAUCCCCAUAAAAAUUACUAACAGCCAUGGCUGGGUAGGGUUUAAACAAGGACUUCUACAGGGUGUUGACAUAAUGGGGACUUGUUGUAGCUGUCCAUGCAAAGACAGGGUUCCAGAUAACCACCCCACCAAAUUUAAGGUCACAAAUGUCGACGAUGAAGGCAACGAGUUGGGCUCAGGGAUUAUGGAGUUGACCCAGAGGGAGCUUGUUUUGCACACGCACAAACGUGAUGCCGUUCGGUGGCCAUAUCUCUGCUUACGUCGAUAUGGUUAUGAUUCCAGUCUCUUUUCUUUUGAGAGUGGACGUCGCUGCCUGACUGGACAGGGAAUUUUUGCUUUUAAAUGCUCAAGAGCGGAGGAGAUUUUUAAUUUGCUGCAGGACUUGAUGCAAUGUAACAGCAUUAAUGUGGUGGAGGAGCCUGUAAUCAUCACAAGGAACAGUCAUGCUGCCGAAAUGGAACUGCCUCGGACACCCCAGACACCCAGUGCUCUAGCAUAUACAGUUCCAGGGUUUCCCAAUGGGUUCCAUAGCUUUCCUGCUGAGGCCACAACUUGUCCUGCAGUCCGACAUACCUCCAUGGGGAGUUUAAGGCAUUCUUCAGUUGGUGAGGACUCAACACAUGCCCUCAUUGUGCCUGAUGAUCAAUCUCACACAUAUGUGAACACAGCUGGUGGUGAGGAAGACAUGAGGGGUCACCACUGCAUGCACACUUUGCCUGAAGUCCAUCCUCCUAUUUCUCAUCCCAGCCAUAGCUGCUCCCUGGAGGAUCGCAAUCCUCAGAUAUACCUACAGCCAGGAGAGGUGAAGUUUGUGCUGGGCCCUGCUCCUGGUUACAGGCACAUGAUGAAAUGUGAUGGCUUCUGCCGACCCCAUUGGGAAUGCACAGGGCAUAUCUGUACCCACAACAACAACAAUGAGUGCAAGGAUGAGUGCCUUACCCCAAAAUAUGUCUAUGAGAAUAUAAAUGGCCUCCUGCCUGCUCGAGGUACCUUGCAUCGCCGGGGAAGUGGGCGCUUGAAAAUAGCUCGAGAAGAUCUGAAUCCACCCAGCUGCUCCCAUCGUCGGAGCACCCUACUACACUAUGAGAACCUGCCCUCGCUGCCACCUGUGUGGGAGUGCCAACCACUGAGACAAGAGCAGGAUGAUGAGGACUCUGGAGAUGCAAUGACACCUUCGCCCAACGGUUAUCCUGAGCUGGAGGAUGAGGAGGACCCUUUACGUAACUACAUGAAUUCAGAAAGCGCUGCCCUGCAUGGAGGCCGGCAUAGGGGUGGUUGUAUACAACGCCGCCGCAGUUGCACACCCAACGUCUUCAAUUUUGACUUCCGACGGCCCUGUAUGGAGCAGCCGAGGCAGCUCAAUUAUAUCCAAGUGGAACUGGAGGAUGACCCCCACAAAGGGUGCCAAAGCACACCAGUCCCCCGUGCCCCACGUUCGGCUGCCCACCCAGCCCGCAGGACGGAUUCCUACGCAGUCAUUGAUCUUAAAAAGACAGCAGCCAUGUCCAGCUUGCAGAGGGCACUGCCUAGGGAUGAUGGGACUUCUAGGAAAACGCGGCAUAACAGCACUGACCUCCCUCUAUAAGAGGGAUGCCAAAACCAAGCACCACAUUGUGGCUUUUGUUCCUGCUCUUCAGCUAAUCAUGUUGCAUACCUGGCAUCUUCCCAUUGUGCCCUGUGUUUCUCAUUGUGACCUACUUGGAUAGCUCCAUACUAUUAACUUGAGAAAUGUAGCCUCUCUGUGCCUCUUCCCAUUUCCACCACGCCCCAUUUUCUCCUGCCAUAUAGUUUUUGAAGCCCUGCCAAGUGGACGGAAACUUGACUUUGGUUAUUAAGAGGAGGAGUAACAUCAGAUUUACUACCUGUUCCCUCUCUUACUUUGUAUGUUAAUCUUAUCUGGAAAGCUCUCAUUCUCAUUUUUGUGGGAUCCAUUUUAAGCCCCUAGUGAUAGGAUGUGUUGGGUUUGGAAAAAAAAUCAAAGCAUUACAACAGAAUGAACAAAAAUAUUCAAACUUUUGGUGGUACAGAUAGAACAAUGGCCAGAGAGUGCUUUAUUUAUCCUUUUGUUUUUGAAGGUGUACAAAGGGAUAUUUAUUUUUGAAAUAUUUAUUUAUUUAUGUAUUUAUGUAUUUAUUUAUUUAUGUGUUUGUUUAUUGGUCAGGGGUCCACCUCUACUUUUUUCAUUUAUUUAUUUAUUUUAAAUUAUGCCUCUAAGUUAAGGUGCCAAGCAAAAGUAAAAUGCUUUGCGGUUUGAUGUUUUUUUCAUGAGAGGGAAGUGAUUGAGCCUAAAGUGUUGGAUUAGAUCCCAUUGCUUUAAUGGUGCCUAUUAAAGUGGAUCGCUGAGGAAGGAGAGCCAUGAAUCUGUUGCAGCUGGGAAAUGAAUGUCAGAAUGGGUCUGAUCUCAUGAACCCUCAAGAGAUCAUUCCACAUGUAAAGAAGUCCAAUUUCCUAGUUCACAUCCCUGUUUCUUAGUCUUACCCUUCUCUCUGGCAUUUCAGCAAAAAGAACCACAGGACGGUAUAUAGCAAAAACUCUUUUUUAAAAAGCCUCUCAUAGAUUGCUGCUGUUGCUUUCAUACUUGUCCGACAGAGUCUUUGUGAGAAGCCAACUUUAUCAUAGUGUCAGUGCUAGGAAGAGAUUUCAAUGCAAAUAUGUUUCGCUGUUUUCCUGGUGUCAUUUGGAACCUCUCUCCCUCAGCCUUGCCUUAUUGUGUCCAGCUCUUAAGUCAUUUGAAUACAUGAGUGGAUCCUAACACAGCAUUUGUGAGUAAUAAGCUUGAAGACUUAACAGAGCCUUUUAUUGUUGGUUCCACAUCUGCUUUAGAAGGAAGAUAAAUCUAAAAUAAGGAAUGUGCACAUGGCAAUUUCCCUUCUCCCCUACCCCCAUUUUUUUGCUACUACUCUACCCCAAAUGUAGCGCCUCCAAGAAUAAUAAUUUACCUGCCUCUCUUUGUUGCUGUCAUGUGCUGUCAAGUCAGCCAACUGUAUGGGUGAGGGAUCUCUAGGAAACCCACCAUGUAUUAAGUCUUUACAGAAGUGUGGGUUAGAAGCUCUCCUAGUAGCAGUUGUAAUUUGUUUGUACUCAUUAGAGGUGGUAGCUCUUUCUUGUUGAUAAUGCAGAUUAUAAAUACUGUUGGGUCAAGAUAAGAAAAGUGUCAUCACCUCUGAAUUUUGUCCCCAGUUUUCUCCCUACUUUUCAUUGUUUUUAUUAUUUUUAUUAUGGUGUUAUUUUUAUCUGGUUUAAUUUUCUAUUUAUUUUCAAUUUCUAAGCCGCCCUGAAAACACAAAGGGUUUAAAUGUAUCCCAUAGUCAUCAAGUUUAGCCUCCUCUCAUAAAUUAUCAGUGACAGAUGGCCAACAAAUGUCUGUUUAAAAGGUCCAAGAGAAAGAAUCCAGCACCUCCCAAAGAAGUCUGGAACCCCAGUCUGACAGCUCUUAUUGUCAGGACGUUCUUCCUCAUGUUUAAUUGUAAUUUGAGUCCAUUGGUUGAGUCCACCCUUUGGAGCAACAGAAAACAAGCUUGUACAGAAUCACUCUACAUGACAGCACUGCAGGUUUUGAACAUAGCUAUCCUAUCAUCUUUCAACCUUCUCAUGGCUUGGUUUUCACACUGUACCAUCUUAAUCACCUUCCUCUACACACAUUGCAGUUUUUGAUGUCCUUCUGAAGCUAUGUUGCCCAGAACUAGACAGACCAUUUAGAAAUAUUUAUAACAAGAAGUGCAGAGAAAUUAUCAAUUUAAAUUGCCAUUGUUAGGAUCUUUUCUCCAUGUCAUCUUAAUCUCAAACAGUAAAGCCCUACCCAAAGAAGGAGGUAUUACAAUGCUUUUGGAAAUUGUUCAAGCAUUUCUAGAAUCAUUAUUUUAAAUUUAAAAAAUGUAUUGCAGGGCCCUAUUUUGGUAUGCUUGCUUCUGUGGAUUGUAAUGUCAAUAUUUGAGGGGGGGGGAUCAAGGUUCAUUGGUCAGUACAUGCUUUGUGUGUAAAAUUAUCAAGGAGUCAUCUACAUUGUCAUAUAAUGCAGUGAAGCUGCAUUCUAUGGCAGUAUAGAUGGGGCCAGGGCUAUUCCCCAGCAUUGUGAGGUAAGAUGGAAAAAGCUUGCUGCCAGUCAUGUUGGGCAAUAUUAACCCAGUUGAAAUCAUUGUCUUAUUCUAUGUAUGACAGCUGCAUAAGUUCUCAUAUCUUCUAGACUCUAGAAAACAGAGAAGAAAGCUGAGCAAGAAGAAUUGUUAGGCAGAGGAUUGGUAUUGCAAGUUGAGCAGAUGUUUUUCAGCCCGUAAGCCAUGAUGUGGCCACCCAAUGCACCUCAAUGUAUGUGAUAUGUGCUUGAAUUUAAGAUGAAUUCAAAGGUACAGAGAUUUCUUUUUGCUGCUGGAAGAAAAGGCAUAAAGAUGCAUUGUCCCCUCACAUCCCACAAUUUCCAGCGCUGUUUUUGGUGUUGUUGUUUUCAGGGUAAGGGGUAGUUUUUAAUAGUUUUUAGUGAUCAAGCCACCAGCCAUGAGAAGCUCAAGUGGUUAGUUAACUUUCAUCUUUAAUCAGAUUCAUAGAAUAAUGAAUUUAAUUUUGCUUCAUCACCAAUGCCUUUCUAAGCGCUACGCCACAAAAACAAGAGAAGUUGAUUAACAGAUGUUAAUGAAGAAUGGCCUUUCAUCAUUAUAUCUUUUCUGUGACAUUCUCUCUUUUCAUACAUUGCUAAAACUAGUGAGAAAAUGCCUUCUCUUAUUUCCUUUACAUAGAAUCAAAGUAAUUGCUUGUCUCUAAUUGCCACUGUAAACUAGUUUCAAUACCUAUGAUAUGUACUUCCACUAGAUGUAAUGGCUUACAGUUCAUUUCUUGAAUUCAUGUGCUGUUGCUCAUGGCAAAGCAAUAACUAAUGGCUUGCUCGUAAUGAGAUAUUGGACAGGUAAGUACAAAUCCAGGGAAGUGAAUCAAUUUCUCAGAUAGUAUUUAAUCACAACUCAGUGUGAAUAGCAAGCCGGGCUGUCUGUAGCAAACCUGAUUUAUCCAUUCAGUUAACAUAAAGAAUUAGUGUUAUUGCAGCCUCACAAAUUAGGGAACAUAAGAGUUAAUUAACGAUCAAAUAACUUUGGGAAGCAGUGACCAUGGAAUAAUACCUGAUCUCGCACAAUGACCAUUAGAUAGUUGGGAAAGAGAAGGAAGAAAAACAGCACAGAGGUCUCCUUGAUUUCUGUUUUGGGUUUGUUUACUCCGCAGAUUUUGCAAAAGAAUAAUUAGAGGGAGGGGAGAAAAGCCAUCAUUGGAUUUCAUGAAACAAUGACCUGUGCUAUUUGGAAUUGUUUUAUUAUAAGAAGAGCUAGAACUUUGCUUUUGAAAUUCUAUGUUCUCUGGAUUCAUGUUACAAACGUGAAGACAUGAAAUGUGCACUGCCCAGAUUUUAAACGAUUGGACACCAAACUGUGAUUAGUAUAGCUAAAGUGUUUUGUGGAGACAGUGAUUCCGCAGCCUCCAUAAAACAGGCUUUAGCUUGCUGCCCCCCAGCGUUGUCUUUCUGAAGUGUAUGCCUAUUGUUAACUUUUCCUAAGUGUCUGUCUUGUAUUUUUUUACUAUUAAUUUUGGUAGACAUUGGCUGUUUUCACACCCAUCUGUGCUGUGCCAACAAAGACUUUUCCAGGACAAGUUAUAAUUGGUCUUAUUGUCAAGAGAACAAGUGUAAGGUUGACAAGAAGUGCAAGGUUGCCAUCACAGAGGGCUCUCUGGAUAGGUGCAUGAGAAGCAUAACGUCAAAAGGUGGCACUUUCCUCCAUUAUAACAAUGUAGUAAUAAAGAAAGCUAUGUGUGUGGAGCAUGUUUAUCUCAUGGGGCUUUUAAGGGUACAGGAUUGCUUUGCUUGGAAGAAUUCUAAAAGGCAACAUUUCUAAAGAGAGAGUUUACAAAACCCAUUAUUUUUAGCCCAAAGUCUUUCUAUACGUCCAUCUCAGCCCAAACCUAUUUACGAAACGUGUAGUAAUCUAUUCCAUAUAAACUAGGACAACAGUAAUCUGAGAAGUUAAUACUUCUGUUCAGCCCUCAGUCAACAUUUAAAAGUCAGUAUUUUCCAAACUAUUAUUUUUGUACUUCUCCUUUCUAGGCUUAAGAAAAUGAUUUCUCUGUUUCCUGAGCUCUGUGUGUUGGCUUUUAUUUGUUUUUCUUUUGAUUUGCACAUUUGAGCAAUCAUUUACAGAAUGUGUGGUUCAGACAUGUGAGUAGAAAUUGUUAUUUUCUCAUUUGCUUUCAUGUGCCACAUUAGCCUUAAUAAUAACAAAGCUAGCAAAACAGAAAGUUCUGUGGCCUUGUAGGCAAUUUCUAUAAACCUCAUAGGCAUAAUGGGUUAUGCUGCCCCAUCUCUUGACACAAGGUGCUCAGCAUCCAAAGUGGAUAUUUACCUUCUUUUAAGGUGCUAUGAGAAGGACAGUUGAGUUCAACAUAUAAAUUCUAGUCAGUUACCAAGUGAUGUCCUUUGUCGGACUAACUUGGAUUGCUGUCAUUUUCCCCUGAAGAGGUUGCCUUGCUUUUCCCAAGACUGGGACAGGCAAAAAUUAAUCCAGUACAGGUUCUAUCAUAAUGGCUGUGCAGUUAUGUGGAAGGUGUGUACAUAGGGUUUGUGUGACAUAAGUGCCAAGAAUUAUUAUACACUUUGUUUUGCACAUCAAAUACAAUCUUUGGUUGGUUGUUUCUUUGUUUUACACUUGAUAUGAAAGGGAUAGGAUGUCUGUGAUUUCCAAUAUAUGCUUUGUUGCCUCACAGUGGAUGUGCCUGUACUUCUUGGUUGGGUAACUGUCUUGCUUCUUGUGGAAGAAGAGGCCUUAUUUGUAAAAUUUCUGUAUAUCCCAUCCUACGCAACUUUAUAUAUGUUUCUUGUGUUCUUGAAUGGAGGAAAAACAGAACAAAGCUGUGUUCUAAAUAGCGAUAACAAUGAUGCAUGGUGCCAUUUCCUUUCCAAUGACCAGGGAACCUGCAUCUGGCAGUAUUUUUCGUCAUACACAGGUGUUAGAAGUGCAGGACCUCUGUCCCUUGUGAAAGGUAGCCACCUCGUGGCUGUAUCCUUCUUUAUGAUUUUUCAGCUUCUUCUGAAAUUCUAAACUCCUGCAGUUACCUUUUUUGGCUAGAUGCCUUUAUGUUGGAUAUGUUACCAGACUAGAACCUAGGAAAUAUGAGCUGCUGUUUAACUCACUCAGUAUACUGAAAGAAAUAUAACUGCAGAAAGGAAGUCCCAUUCCCCCAGUUAAGUGAUUCCUACUGAAAAGUCCAACUACCAAGGCAAAUCUCAAGCUUUUACCAUGUGCAGUUUUCUUCAUAGUUACUUGUACUUGAUGUCUUUGAUACUGACACUCUCUGAUGUGGCAGGAAAGGCACUUGGGGAUGCCCAGCUGCUCUGGCUGUACAAGUUGCUCUGUGAUUUUUCUUCAAGUGACUCCUGCUGUGUACCUCUGUUCCUUCCCUCUUUGUGUCUCAUCUGAGUGUAGCCUUCAAAGCGAAGAGCAUUAGCAGUGCCAUGUGAUCGAGGAGCGCUCGUGUCUUAUUUUAAUGUGCACUAAGAAUGUAUCUGAAAUAAAUUAAAUCUGAUGAUUAUCUUU